CCUUACUGCUCACACUCAGCAAAGAACAUUUUUACUCUUAAGCUGUGGCUUCAGAGCAUUUUUAGGAGUAACUCUCGGGAGUUUUCCCGAUUCGGGUCAUUGUCGGCGGUUCGGCUGGUGCCGCUUCUCCAGUCUCGCGAGAGGACGGAUAAACACCGUGGCCUCCCCGGUUCCUGCCGCUGACCAGCCUGCCGAGCGGCCGGAGGGGCGUCCCGAGAGUCCCCUUGUCUGGCUUUUUCAAAAAAACCGCCACCCGCAGUCAGCUGUCCGUAAAACACGCGGGCCACUUUACGGCGGCGCCAUAAAAAGCUGGUGGACGGGUCCCCUGGCCGAAAGCCGGUAACCCCGCGCUGCGUGAAUGCGCGUCGACGACCGGACACACCGAGUCACACCGCCGCACACCGCGCUCCGCCCGGCGUCGCCGUCGCCGAUGUCGUCCGAACUUCAGACGCCAGUCGCCGCCGACAAAAUCGAGCCCGCGGAGGACAGCUGGGGACUCAGCUAUGUCAGCGGGAACCUGUUCUCCUGCCCCACGGAGGAGGCUCUGGCCCACUGCAUCAGCGAGGACUGCCGCAUGGGGGCAGGCAUAGCGGUGACGUUCAAGCAGAGGUUCAGAGGGGUGGCGGAGUUAAAGGAACAGAAAAAGCUGACAGGACAGUGCGCUGUACUGAAAAGAGACGGCCGUUUCAUCUACUAUCUGAUCACAAAGAAAAAGGCCAGCCAAAAACCCACCUAUGACAGCCUGAGACUGAGCCUUGAGGACAUGAAGUUGCACUGUGUAAAACAUGGAGUAACAAAAAUAUCAAUGCCUCGUAUUGGCUGUGGCCUUGAUCGACUGGAGUGGGCGAGAGUGUCGGAGAUACUGGAACAGGUCUUCAAACGCACAAACAUCUCCAUCACAGUCUACAGCCUUCCAGUGAAAGCAGAGGCCGAAGUGAUGAAGGAAAACAUGCGCAGAUGACUGACGGAAACGUUUGUUUAUUGUAUUAUUUAGUUUAUGCACUUUUCUGUAUUAUUCCCAAAGUAUGUGCCCACGAUGAUGAUUUUUCAGUGAGAAAAUGUUAUGCUACAGAUUAUAUGGAAAUAAAUAUUCCUUUCUUGUACAUCAAA